AUUUUGUAAUGUCGUAUUUGGUUUUGCGCUUUUUGUAGUGAGAAUUUUGUGAGAGAGCUGUUGAAUUUGGUGUUUUAUCCGCUUUAUUAGGGAUAUACACGGCGCAAUUGAUGGAAUGAUUGAUUUUUUGUGAACAAAAGGGGUGAAAGUUAAAUAUAAGUGAAAUGGCAGCACUAGGACAUCAAACAGCAGCAGCAUUGCUGGAUUUCAACCAAAAGCUGGAUAUAAAUCUCCUAGAUAGUGUGGUCGUUAGUAUGUAUGCUGGAAAUGGAGAAACUCAAAGAAUGGCACAAGAAGUUUUAACAACACUGAAAGAACAUCCUGAUGCUUGGACAAGGGUGGAUACGAUUCUAGAAUAUUCUACCAAUCAAGAAACAAAAUAUUAUGCUCUACAAAUUUUGGAACAAGUAAUAAAAACUCGUUGGAAAGUGUUGCCUCGGAAUCAAUGUGAAGGUAUCAAAAAAUACAUUGUUUCAUUGAUUAUCAAAACUAGUUCAGAUCCUGAGGUUUUGGAAGCCAACAAAACUUAUCUUAAUAAAUUAAACAUGAUACUGGUACAGGUAUUAAAGAGAGAAUGGCCUAAAAAUUGGGAAACUUUUAUAACGGACAUUGUGGGUGCAAGUAAAACAAAUGAAAGUUUGUGUCAAAACAAUAUGAUUAUUUUAAAAUUACUGAGUGAAGAGUUAUUUGAUUUUUCUGCUGGCCAAAUCACACAAACUCAAGCAAAGCAUUUAAAAGAUAAUAUGUGUUCAGAAUUCUCUGCAAUAUUUCAUUUAUGUCAAUUUGUUCUUGAAAACUCCCAGAAUCCACCAUUAAUCAAUGCAACAUUAGAAACACUGCUCAGAUUCUUGAACUGGAUUCCUCUCGGUUAUAUAUUUGAGACUAACCUUAUUAAUACAUUAAUUUUCAAAUUUCUACCUGUACCGAUGUUUCGGAAUGUUACUUUAAAUUGUCUCACAGAGAUCGCUGGUGUUAAGGUUACAAAUUAUGAUAACAUGUUUAUUUUAUUAUUUACCGAAACCAUGGCACAGAUUGAAAUGAUGCUACCAAUUCAAACUGAUAUUAAAACAGCAUAUGCUUGUGGACAAGAUCAAGAGCAAAAUUUCAUUCAAAACUUGGCUUUGUUCCUUUGUACAUUUUUAAAAGAUCGUGCUACUAUUGCCCAGAGCUCCUAUAAUACGAUGGAAAAGGCUUUAAAGUAUCUUGUACUCGUUUCUGAAGUAGAAGAAGUGGAAAUCUUCAAGAUUUGCCUCGAAUAUUGGAACAGUUUAACAUCUCAGCUAUAUCGAGAAACAUCCCACCGCAGCGUAGGACUUUGCUUAGAAAAAAGUGAAGGCUACAACAAUUUUUCUCAAGAUUUUUAUAAGGAAAUUCUAAAUAAAGUUAGAUAUAUUAUGAUUUCUCGAAUGGCUAAACCAGAGGAGGUGCUUGUAGUGGAAAAUGAUAAUGGUGAGGUUGUAAGAGAAUUUAUGAAAGAUACCGAUUCAAUUAAUUUAUAUAAAAAUAUGAGGGAGACCCUAGUGUAUCUCACACAUUUAGACUGUCCAGAUACAGAGCGUAUUAUGACUAAUAAAUUACAGAAUCAAGUAAAUGGUAGUGAAUGGUCCUGGAAGAAUUUGAACACUCUUUGUUGGGCUAUUGGUAGUAUAUCCGGUGCAAUGCACGAAGAAGAUGAAAAACGAUUUCUUGUAACUGUUAUUAAAGAUUUGUUAGGACUUUGUGAACAAAAACGUGGAAAGGACAACAAAGCUAUUAUUGCUUCCAAUAUUAUGUACGUUGUUGGACAGUAUCCGAGAUUUCUAAGAGCUCAUUGGAAAUUUUUGAAAACUGUUGUAAAUAAAUUAUUUGAAUUUAUGCAUGAAACUCACGAUGGAGUGCAGGAUAUGGCUUGUGAUACUUUUAUUAAAAUUGCUAUGAAAUGUAAGAGGCACUUUGUGACAACACAAAUAUCAGAAACUUGUCCAUUCAUUGAGGAUAUACUGGCGUCCAUUUCGACUAUCAUUUGCGAUCUUCAACAACAACAAGUUCACACAUUUUAUGAAGCUGUUGGUUACAUGAUAUCUGCUCAAAAUGAUACACCAUCACAAGAGGCUCUGAUCGAAAAGUAUAUGUUGUUACCUAAUCAGGUUUGGGAUGAUAUCAUUAGUCAGGCUAGUAAGAACGUUGACAUUUUAAAAGAAAUAGAAAUUGUCAAACAGUUAGCAAGUAUAUUGAAGACCAAUGUUCGAGCUUGUAAGACCUUAAAUCAUGCUUAUGUGAUGCAAUUAGGACGUAUAUAUUUGGAUAUGUUGAAUGUGUAUAAGGUUAUGUCUGAAAACAUAACGGCAGCUAUUCAACUUAAUGGUGAAACCGUGAUGAAACAGCCUUUAAUAAAAUCUAUGAGGGCUGUCAAAAAAGAAACAUUGAAAUUAAUAUCUGAUUGGAUAUCUGUAUCGGACGACAAUACAAUGGUGCUCGAAAGUUUCAUUCCUCCAUUUUUAGACGCAGUUUUAUUUGAUUAUCAAAGAACCCCGGUUCCUAUAGCAAGAGAACCAGAAGUGCUGAGUGCUAUCGCUAUUAUAGUUAAUAAGCUUAAAAGCGAUAUUACAUUAGAGGUUCCGAAAAUAUUUGAUGCGAUAUUUGAAUGCACACUGGAGAUGAUCAACAAAGAUUUCGAAGAAUACCCAGAACACCGCACGAACUUCUUUUUACUUCUUCAAGCAGUAAAUAAUCACUGUUUCGCCGCCUUCCUUAAUAUCCCACCUACACAAUUCAAAUUAGUAUUAGACAGCAUCAUAUGGGCAUUUAAACACACAAUGAGGAACGUUGCCGAUAUCGGUUUACAAAUUUUGUUGAAACUAUUACAAAAUAUUGAACAACACGAAGCUGCAGCGCCCAGUUUCUAUCAAACUUAUUUGACUGACAUUUUACAACACAUAUUUUCAGUGGUUACUGAUACAUCUCAUUCUUCAGGAUUGUCCAUGCAUGCUACUAUUUUAGCAUACAUAUUUUCUUUGGUAGAAAUGGGAGGGGUGAAUUGUCAGUUAGGUCCUAAUCCCGAUAAUGUUUUGUACAUACAAGAGUUCACGGCCACUUUGUUGAAAUCUGCCUUUCCACAUCUUACUGACAACCAGAUUAAGAUUACAGUACAAGGGAUGUUCAAUUUAGAUCAAAACAUACCUCACUUCAAGGAACAUCUGAGAGACUUCUUGGUCCAAAUUAGAGAAUACACCGGUGAAGAUGAUUCAGAUUUGUAUUUGGAUGAAAGGGAGAAGGCAUUAGAAUUGGCUCAAGCUGAAAAACGACGUAUCGAACUGUCAGUACCAGGUAUUCUCAAUCCACACGAAGUUCCCGAAGAGAUGCAAGAUUAACAACUAUCUCGCUAUUAAAUAGUAAACUGUGUAAUUAAAAAAAAACUUACAUUGUGUCCCAUUGGAAAAAUCACUAAUUACGAAGUUUAUGUACAAAAUUAUUUCUAGAUUUGAAUAGAAAAAUAGCGGAAUCGAAUAUUUCUUAUGUAAACACUCCAAAAUUGUGAAAACUUUGAAUAAAAAUGAAAUAUUUUUGGAAAUGGCGACUUAUUCGUCCUAGGAAAACUUUCCUUGGUAAUUGAGAAGCCAUCAUCUAUAUUUGCAUAGUAUUUUUUUUUCUAAAUUAAGAAAAUUUGUAAUAAACUUUGAAUGAUUGAUACAUUUCAGUGGGAUACUUAGAUCGAUAUUUUUCUAUUUGUAUCAUCAUAUUUCUGGUUUUGAGCAUAUACCAGUGUAAAUGUGUUUUGUGCGGUCCAUUUUCUUAAUAUUAAGACGCUUUUUAAAAAAAAACAUUUUUAUAUAUUUUUUUACAACUAAUUUGUUUUUGACUUAAAUAGAUUGCGUGUGGAUUUAGGAGGGUAAUUUUUAAAUUUUUCUCUAGUUUUGUGGGGUUUAAGUAAUUUAUUAUAUUUUUCUUCGAAGUCCCUUAUAAGAAAAAAAUCGACAUAUUAAAGAGAAGUUUUUUCAACUUGUGUGAUUUCCUUAAUUUUAUAUUUGGAACAUAGAUAGAAUUUGUCGAUAUGGCGUAAAAAUCAACCAGAUUUUGUCUUCAUAAAUUUAAAACAAAAUGUGUAAGUUGUAAAUAACUACCAAAAAAAUUGAUUGGUCAUCUUGUACUUAAAAUGUUUGAUAAUGACAUUUUGUAUAUAUAUAUAUAUAUAUAUAUAUAUAUAUAUAUAUAUAUAUAUAUAUAUAUAUAUAUAUAUAUAUAUAUGAUUAAAACACUAAUUUGUUAUAGAAAUAAUAAUUAAAUAAAAACUUGAUUUAGUUUCUCUCUCUAUGAAUUUUAUUCGCUAUAAAACAUACUGUGAAAACUUUAUUACUGACUCGAGAAAAAAUUUAGAAAUAGAAUAUUUUCAAUUUUUGAGGGAUGAAUUGUGGUCACCAUAAACUAUUAUUCACAAUAUUCAACACCUUUUAAGAGAUUGUGUUGGUAAAUAGAAAUUUAUUUAGAAUUCUCUCACAAAUCCAUAUGAGUGCGGCAAGUUUCCAGGCAUGUUUUGUGUGAUAUAAUCUGUGCACAUCAACGAUUGAAACGAUAUGGAAGAUAGUUAAAACUAAUAAAUUGGAAUGAACCAUAUACAAAAUGUUUUUGCAAAUGGUCAAACGAUUCUAAUACCACAAAAAUUUUUUAGUUCUGACUAUAUUUCACAAAAUCUCAUGGAAAAGAAAAAUAGUAUCUACAAAUUUUUGAAAUAUUGAAAGUAAGAUUUACUAUAACAUUUAGCGAAGAGGGAUCUAAAUAAAUAGUUAUACCUUUAAUUGUGUGUAUAAAUUUAAAUGCAAUUUUUGAUAAUACAAACCAGAAAAAAAUUGAUGGAAUAUUACUUUAUUUUUGGGGAACCGAGGAGAAUGGUAUUUUAGCUGUAAAUUGUAAAACAUCGAGAUAAAGAUUGUAAAAAUUGGUACAGUAGUUCAUUUGAUCCAAAACGACGCGUAGGAAAAUGUAUUCAACAUUUAAAAAAUUUCCACAUUGUACUUAGUGUUGGCAAAUCUUUAAAAACCUAUCAACAAGAAAUUUGAGAAAAAUAUUCUUAGAAAAACAUGUUUAAUAAAGAAAUCCAACCUGAUUUUCUACCCAGCUAUUAAUAAUUUUGAUUUAACGUUGAAAAUAGGUCUCCAUGACUGAAUUUUUGCAUCUAAAGCAAGUAUGUUUCAUAAAAUAAUAAAAAAAGGUAACUAUUAAAAAUGCAAGCGAACUUCGAUUUUUGCUGGAAAUAAGUUUUAAAAUGAAUAUUUAAAUAUGUUAAGAGAUUGUUAUUUAAUAAAAUUGUUUAAAUAACCUGUUAUACUUUGUUGUGAAUUUUGAAUAUGCCCACUUUAUAAGAUCGGAUCAUUAAACUUUGAAAAAUUCCAAAACUUGGUUUGAAAAUUUUUUCAGCUAAUAAAAAAUUAUAAAUUGACAUACAAUUUUUUAAAAUUGGGUCAACUCUUUAUGAUUAAUUAGUAGAAAUUUUUCCACCACUUGUUUAUUAACUAAUUAACUACAAAAUAUUUUCAAAUUUGUUUUUAUUGACUCAAAUCAUCAUGAUUUUUCAACAAAAAUACUUUUCUCACAUUUUACGUUACCUUCUUUAUAUCUAAAAUGUUUCAAAAUUUAUUAUUGUAAGUUCUCUAAGUAAUGAAAAAAAUUAUUAAUGUAACUGUUUAUUAACGAAAUAAUUUCUAAUACAUAAUUAAAUUCCUUUUUUUCCAAAAUCCUGAAUUUCUAUUUGUUUAUAACUAGCAAUGGAUUUGGAUCUUCAAGAUUGACUCAUUAGGUAAAUAAGAUCCUCGUCUCCACCAGGAUAUUUGUUUAAUAUAAUACCUAAUUACAUAAUCGAUUUCUAUUGUACAAUUUUUUCUUCUACAUGCUACAAAUCAACUAAUUUAAGCUUUUUGCUUAGUCCCCAAGAAUGGAUUUUCUCAUCUUUAUUUUUCAACGUCUAUUGUAAUUGAAUGAUGAGGCCUACCAAUAUAUAUCUGGAUUCCAUUAAAUCUUUCAAUGGUACAUAUUUCAUAAACUCCCAUCUGUAUUUAUUCUAACAUGUCGCUGAAGUUCAAACAUUACUGCUCAAAAAUAUGAAUUAUUUUAAUCCUCAUUUUUGAACCCCCUUCAUUUCCAAUUUGAAUGUAUAAUUAGGGGACUUCGGAAAAUUAGUUAGUUGGACCGGCAGAAAAUGAAAUGUACAAAAAUAUUUUAAUAAAUAGCUAAUUUCACACAUUUUAAAUAAUUUUGCUAAAUAAGCACAAAACACAUGUUUUGUAAUUGAGAUAAAAUUGAAGAAAAAACAAUGGAAUGCAUUUUUUUGUUUGUGUGCAAGAUUGACUGUUAAUGGUAUGUAUUAAUUGAUUUUAGGUGAAAUCAUUAGAAACAGUUAUGUUUAUUAUAUCGUUGAAAGCGAUUGUUUUCUAAUAAAAUAAAUAUUUAUAGAAA